CCUGUCGAUAGAGGGAGUGCGCAUCCUCCGGAGAGCUUGGAGAAGCAAGAGAACCCGGCUGCCGCUGCCGAGCCGCCGCUGCUGCUGAGGGGAAGCAGGAAAACAUCAUGAGCUCCAGGAAGGUAAUGGCCAUUCAGGCCCGAAAGAGAAGGCCGAAAGGGAAAAAAGACAAGGCAACCCAGCACCGAAGGCCUGAGACCCAGCAGAAAGUCCCGUCGGCGCCCCCUCCCCCCCCCCCCCCUCCUGAGCCCGUGCCCCCCCCUGAGCCAGAGGAGGAGAUCCUAGGCUCAGACGAUGAGGAGCAGGAGGACCCCGCCGACUACUGCAAAGGAGGGUACCACCCGGUGAAGAUCGGGGAUCUGUUUAAUGGGAGGUACCACGUGAUCCGCAAGCUGGGAUGGGGACACUUCUCCACCGUCUGGUUGUGCUGGGACAUCCAGGGAAAGCGCUUCGUGGCCAUGAAGGUGGUGAAGAGUGCGCAGCACUACACAGAGACGGCGCUGGAUGAGAUCAAGCUGCUGAGAUGUGUCAGAGACAGUGACCCCGGCGACCCUAACAAGGACAUGGUGGUGCAGCUUAUCGAUGACUUCAAGAUCUCGGGAAUCAAUGGAAUUCAUGUGUGUAUGGUGUUUGAAGUGCUGGGGCAUCAUCUACUGAAGUGGAUUAUUAAGUCUAACUACCAAGGCCUGCCACUGCCCUGUGUCAAGAGUAUUAUCAGACAGGUUCUGCAGGGCCUGGACUACCUCCACAGCAAGUGUAAGAUCAUCCACACGGACAUCAAGCCCGAGAACAUCCUGCUGUGCGUGGACGAUGCCUUUGUGCGCCGCAUGGCUGUGGAGGCCACCGAGUGGCAGAAAGCCGGAGCCCCUCCUCCCUCCGGCUCUGCAGUCAGCACAGCCCCUCAGCUUAGACAGGUGGGGAAGAUCUCCAAGAACAAGAAGAAGAAGCUCAAGAAGAAGCAGAAGCGGCAGGCUGAGCUGCUGGAGCGGCGCAUGCUGGAGAUCGAGGCCCUGGAGCGCGAGGCCGAGAAGCAGCGGGAGAAUGAGGACCCCGACGCUGAUCCCGACACCAUCUCCACCCCCACCCCCACCAACAACCCCACCCCCAAGCCCAGCUCGGCCCCGGGGCCCGCCAUCGCACCGGCGGACACGGACGACGAUGACGACGAUGAUGACGAGGUGGAUGAAGAAGAUGAGGGCGAGGGAGAGAGGGAGAGGCCUGUUCGGCUCACCAACCACACCUGUGCAGCUCCAGAGCAGGUAGCAGACACGUCGGCGGAGACCCCUCCGAGCGCAGUGGACGGGGAGGUGGACGAGCACCCCAGCCCAGAGAGAGAGACACGCAGCCCCACCAACCCCCAGCCAGAGGGAGAGACUGAGACGAAGGACAAGAAACAGGAGGAGAAGGAGGAAGAGGAGAAGGAGGAAGAGGAGGAAGGAGGGGGAGGAGGAAGAGGAAGAGGAGGAAGAGGAGGAGGAAACAAGGAGGAGCAGGAGGAGCCCAAGCUGGAGAAGGAAUCGCCAAAGAAAGAGGAGUGCAAAGGAGAGACCGAGCAGGAGAAAGAGGUGGAGGAGGAGAAGGAGUCCAGCGGGCAGGAGAAAGAGGCGGGGGGAGAGGAGGAAGAUGAGGAGGAGGACGAGGAGGAGGACGACGAUGACGAUGAGGACGAUGAUGAUGAUGAUGAUGAUGAUGACGACGAUGAGGAGGACGAGGAGGAAGAUACUCAGAGGAACAACUCCACCAACACCAACUCCACCAGCAUCAACAUCAGCACCACCAUCAACACAGACGCGUCCAAGGCCAACGGCCACGUGGUGCUGGCCGUGAAGGAGCUGGCACUGGACCUGGGUGUGGUGGCGUCCCCCACAACGCUGCUCUGCCCGCUGGUGGAGUCCGAGAUCAGCACCACCGACCGCGACGCUUCCGACGCCUCGUACGAGCUCUACAACGGCGAGAACCCCGUCCUGACCAACGGUGGGGGACGCCACCGUGGCACCUCGCCACGCUUCCCCGAGCUACCGCUGGACCCCGAGCCCGGUGGCCCUGACCGCCCGCACGGUCCGCAGCAGCAGGGCCCCUUCAGCCCCAGCGGAGACCGCAGCCGCACAGUCUCCUCCUCCAGCACCGGAGACACGCCCAAAGCUAAAAUUCGAGCAGCCGACCUGCUGGUGAAUCCACUGGACCCGCGCAACGCCGACAUCCUCAGAGUCAAGAUCGCUGACCUGGGCAACGCCUGCUGGGUGCACAAGCACUUCACCGAGGACAUCCAGACGCGGCAGUACCGCUCCAUCGAGGUGCUGAUUGGGGCUGGCUACAGCACUCCCGCAGACAUCUGGAGCACAGCCUGCAUGGCUUUUGAGCUGGCCACUGGAGACUACUUGUUUGAGCCGCACUCAGGGGAGGACUACUCCCGUGAUGAGGAUCACAUCGCUCUGAUCAUGGAGCUUCUGGGGAAGGUCCCACGUAAGGUGAUUGCUGCCGGGAAAUACAGCCGCGAGUUCUUCUCCAAGAAAGGCGAGCUGAGACACAUCACCAAGCUGAAGCCGUGGUCGCUGUUCGACGUCCUGGUGGAGAAGUACGGCUGGUCGGCAGAGGACGCGGGCCACUUCACGCACUUCCUGCUGCCCAUGCUGGAGAUGGUGCCAGAGAAGAGAGCGUCGGCCGGGGAGUGCCUCAACCACCCCUGGCUCAGCUCGUAGCAGCGCUGCCCCCGAACCCCGAACCUCACAGCGGCAGCAGCAGCAGCCUCCAGGACUGCGCUGUUUCCAUACAGACUGGAGCGAGGGAAGCACCAUCUUGAGAGAGAGAGAGAGAGAGAGAGAGAGCAAGAAAAAAGAGGAAGAGAGGAGAAAAGAGAGAGAGAAAGUGAGAGGAAUAGAGGAGUGGAAAUGGACGGACUGGAGAGAGGAGGUGGGCCAGGACGCUUUACAUGUGUGAGUGUGAGAGAAAAAGACAACAGUGGUUAAGGCCACUCCUUAAACACACUCACUCACACAUCCACACACACACACAUGCCUCACACAGGCUUUUAACACAUUCCCAGUUCUUGAACACAUUCCCAUUGCAUGUCGGAAAUUGGGACACACGUCAAGUAGACGGCGUCUCCUACCCGAAGCAUUUACUGUUCCAUUAACAUGGCAUUCCAACAUUCCUUUCACAUUCACUUACCUACAGUACUGUACAUCACCGUCUCAUGUAGACUAAACCAAGUCUUACAAAGGAAAUGGUGGACUUCUGUCGCUCUUCAGAUGUUUAUAGGAACCUCUUAGUAUCUAGCUAACACUUGAUAUUGUAACUAACUUUGCUAUUGAAAUUACUAUUGGUAAAAUGUAACGUUUACCAUACAGUAGAUCCAGGUUACAGUGUUUGUAGAUGCAGAGCUGUGGACGUGUGACUUAACUUCUGAUGCCAUCACAUACGGAACUCAAAACGUGCAUGAUAACAUACAUGGAACUCCUACCGUACAGGAUCUCUUGAUACUUCUGAUAGGGAUUUGUGGUUGUCCUUCUCUGGGGAGGCGUAAAAAGCUGUGCCUUUGGCUGAGCUCUCCUGAAUGUCCUUGCCUGCCGUCUUGUCAAAAGACCACCCCCCUCACCAGGCUGCUGACUGAAGUGAUGUAGCUAACACUGAGCCUCAACAACCUGCCUUCUCUCACAGACCACUCGGCAUGAACUAGCUCUCGUCAUGUCCGUCUCCUGCACUCAAGGAUGUGGCAGCGGAUGAAACGGACGAGAGUGCGUUCAUGUGGGUACCGGUCUAUACAUAACUGCCACACACAACGUUCACAACGUCCACGCUUCUUGACCCCCGACGGUCUGCCUGCACCGGUUCACAGUUCUGUUUCGGGCCCACCUCUCCUUCCUGGUCUCUCUCGGUCAGUCUUUCUCAUGCUCGCUUUCUCUCUCUCUCUCUCUCUGUUUUUGGGCUGCUCUCCUGUCCCACAACCCUGACUAGCUCUUAAGCUGAGCUACGGACCCCAUGUUGAGGACGGAAAGUCCUGCCGCUGAACUGUUUACAUCCCUGAGUCCCAUUCCCCUGAAACCCUGUCCAAGCUCCCCUCACCCAAAAAAAAAAAAGAAAAAAUACCAUACGAGCCCCUUUCCCUGAAGCCCCUGAGACCUGCGCCAAGCUGCAUGACCCAGAUCCUGCAGUGCACAUGGAUUGGGGGGGUGGAUAACCACAAUACAAAAACAAACAACAAACAACCCCAGCCUGCCCCCCCCCAAAAAAAAGAAUCUAAACAAAGAGAAAGCAAGACUGGUUUGGAUCGCUCGGUCUUAAGAGACGUUUCUUUUCCUCGUUGUUUCGCUGCGAAAGCGCGGCAUGGAUGACUGGGGACUGACACGGUGUGUUCAGAUGUGAAUUUGACAUUUUGUUUGUUUCGAGUUUUGAACCGUUUUGUUCGAUUGUUUUUGUUUUCCUUUCCCAUAUUUGUUUGCUUUCUCUCUCUCUCUCUGGCCAGGGAGGUGGAAGCCACCGCACGCUUUUCCAGGUGUCCUCUGUAAGGGCACCCCGGCCUCCACCCAUCCCUGCCUCCUACACCCUCUCUCUCUCUCUCUCUCUCCUUACAUUCCUCUCAAUCCUGUCAGCCCCAGUGAUGCAUCUCCUCCAGCACGUUGAGUUCUCAGAUCCUGUCCCCACCAUUACCGGCCCAGCACCUCCCCUCUCCCUUGCUUCUUCCCUCCCUGGAGUCCCUCCCAUUCCUGAACUCUGUCCAGAGGCAGUUGGGGGAAGCUUUUGGCCCAGCGGAGAUUGCACUUGCGUUGGUAGCGUUUUUCUGUUUUGUUUUUUUUCGUUCAGGGAAAAUGACCAUUGUACAGGACUCCAGAGAUUCCGCUCGACCCCCAGUGAUGGAACAUUGGACCGAUGCCAGCAGUGACGAAUAGCAAAUGGCGAUUGCAAAAGGAGGAGGGCUGUAUUUGAGAGAGGCCAACGGCGCUGGCCUCAGCGGACCUGGCCGGUGCCAAUAGGGCGCCUGCAGCCAGCCAGAGAGGCUGGUGGAAAUGGGAAACUGUGCUCCCCCACCCCCUUGUGGCCGACGAGGGCAAUGCACACUGCAGCUCUCAGUGAAAAUGCCGACCCCAUCUCAUCACUCGUCCACUGUGUCGCCUCUCAGACCAUAACCACCACCACCACCAUUCGUCCAGUUGCCUAUUUUUUCGCAAUAAAUAAAUGAGUAUAAAGUAGAUGGUGAAAAAAUAUUUUUAAAAAGCGAUAUUUAAUUCAUUUAAACAGUCGGAAAAAAAAAUAAACAAAGAAUUUCUCUGGUGUUGUGACAGUGACUGAAUUGUGUUUUUGUCUGUUAGAGAUGUUUUUAUUUCUUUUGUAAUUAUUCUUAUUAUGAUUAUUAUCAUUAUUAUUAGUACUAUUAUUAUUAGUUUUUUUCACUUGGUUGUCACCUCGGCCCCCUCUCAUACAGGAACAGUACUGCUCUGUUUGGACGUGUGGGAUGGUGAUGAAAUUGAUCAAACAUUUUUGCAAUAAUAGUAAUGAUGAUGAAUUUUUUGCACCAAAAGCUCUUGAUCUCACUCUUUCAGCCAUGCUGACUGUUCUUCCUGACAUUUGACAGAAUUGCGUCUCUUCUUGUCUGUGUUUUUCAUUGACAGAUUUAAUAAAAUUGUAAAUUAAUGGAU